CCCCCACCCCCAACCCCCACACUGCCACUAGUAUUUCUUUGACACUCAGUAGACACGGUAAACUUGUCCAUUUCCUCUCUCCCUCAAAGACCACCUAAGUCCAGUCAUUCUACCGCAGGCGAUCAUUUUCUUUGGCGAACCCCUGUUGUAGCUAACAGCUUGAUCCAAAGAUGAGUUCGAGCAAUUCAUCAGCAAAGCAGAAAGGUAUCUCUACACCAACAGUUGACGAGAUAAAUGUAGGUGUUGGAGUUAUGGGGUUGAAUUCUGAACAAAAUGAGGGAUGGGAAGUGUAUGCAAGGAAGCCCAAGAACAAGAGUGCUGGGAAGCAACGGGUUCCUCAGAAUCCAAGUGCAAAAGCAGCUUGGGGAAACCAGCAGAAUAGGGGUCAUCCAGAUGUUGUUCAGAAGCGUAACAAUGGACGAGGGGGUUCUAGGAAUAACUGGUCGUCUACAUCUAAUGAUCCUCGAAAACCUGUAAGGCAGCAGCUGUAUGAUCCAUCACCUGCUGCAGUUCCUCCUGCUCUGAAGAAUGGUUGGGAUUGGUCUGCUAGAGUUGCUGCCUCAGCACAUCCCAAGGAGAACCAAGCCCCUGUUCCUGCUGCUGAUGAUGAUAAGGCCAGUGAAGAACAUGAGGAUAAUGAAUUGGAUUUUCUUGAUGAAAGUGAUGAUGACCUUCAUAGUGAUGACUUUGAUUCAGAUGUGGCUGAAAUGAGUUAUGAGACGCGCAAGAAAAAUCCCUGGUUCAAACAGCUUUUUGAAUCUCUUGACAGUUUGAGUGUUACUGAGAUUAAUGAUCCUGAACGACAGUGGCACUGCCCUGCAUGCAAAGGUGGUCCAGGUGCAAUUGAGUGGUUUACAGGGUUGCAAUCAUUGACUACCCAUGCAAAAACCAAAGGAAUAAGGGUCAAAAUACACAGAGAACUUGCUCAACUUUUGGAGGAAGAGCUCCGUCAGAGAGGUACUUCCGUUAUACCUCCAGGUGAAGUGUAUGGAAGAUGGGAUGGCAUUGAAUUUAAAGAUAAGGAAAUAGUGUGGCCACCAAUGGUGAUUAUCAUGAACACGAGGCUUGAUAAAGAUGACAAUGACAAGUGGAUUGGAAUGGGAAAUCAGGAGCUGCUUGAAUAUUUUAGCUCUUAUGCUGCUGUCAAGGCUCGACAUUCAUACGGUCCACAAGGCCAUCGUGGCAUGAGUGUGUUGAUUUUUGAGGCCUCUGCCGUGGGACACAUUGAGGCUGAGCGUCUCAGUGAGCAUUUUUCGGAAAUUGGAAGAGAUAGAGAUGCAUGGGAUCGCUGUUCAGUUCCCUUUUAUCGUGGGGGAAACCGUCUGCUUUAUGGUUACAUGGCUGAUAAAAGAGACAUAGAUAGCUUUAACCAGCAUUCAGCUGGGAAAUCGAAGUUGAAGUUUGAGAUGAGGUCAUAUAAAGAAACUGUUUGGAAUCCAGCCAAGCAGAUGAGGGAAGAUAAUCAACAACUAAUUUGGUUCAAGAACAAAGCUGCUAAACACCAAAUGCAGGCUAAAGCUCUUGAAGAGUCUCUCAGUCUGGUGAGUGAAAAGCACCGUCAGACAUUGGAAGAGAACAAGAUUGUCAGAUUGAAAACAAAGAUGCACCAUGAACAGAUCAAGGAAGAGAUGGAGUUUCAAGAGCAGUUUUUCAAGGAUCAGCUCAAAGUAAUUCAUGAUGCCAGGAAUGCUGAGGAGGACAAGUUUGAAAAGAUACAGCAGGAGCAGCGUGAGAUGGUCAAACAGUCUAAUGCAAAUACUUCCUCGGUUAGGGCAGAAAAAGUUGCAAAAUUUAUCGAUCUUCAAGAUAGGGAAAUGGACGAGUUCGUGGAAGAGAGGGAGAAUCUAAUGCGAACACAUGAAGAUAGGGUAGCUGCAUUGAGACGCAAAUACUGGGAAGAGGAGGUUGAACUUGAGAAGAAAUUCGACCUUGAACUUGCUAAGCUAAUGGAGAAGUACUCCCCAAAGUAAUCUGAUCAGGUCGAUAGCAGUGGCCCCAUGUGACUCAAAUUCUUAUAGUAUUCAGAUACCAUAGUAGCUUUAGAUUGCUGAUAAACGUAAAAAAAUAGCUGCUAGAAAAACGGCUUUCGCGCUGCACAAACUUUUUUAAUCCUGGUCUGACCAUGUGUUCUGAUGAUGCUAAAGAAACGAUCCCCCGGAAACACAAACAAAUGCCUUUGAACUAAUUAGUCUACAACUAAUGUUGCACAACAGAUGCUAUAAUAUACUUUUGAGGGGUUUUAUAUGUUUGCGAAUUGUGAAA